AUGCUUUCUGGCUUCGUUAUCAGUAGCUAUGAACAAUACAAAGAAGACACCAAUGGAAAGGCACGCAAGCAAGCGAAGGAGGCGGAAGAACAGCCGACCGAAAAUACUGCCUCGCCAAUCAAGCCUUCGUACACUAUCGCCACCAAGGAUUUUGUGGCAUUGGCUGAAUUCAUUGCUGGCUCUACAAAGCCACCGGUGAAGGUACCCCAAUCCAUUGCCACUGUGCUGAAUCGCGCCAUCAAGGUCCGGAAGAAGCAUGCACAGACUCUGGUUUCCCAACAGGACCGUACCAAAGACGACGAGGACUCGGAUAAGCGCCAUUCGUAUUUUGUCGGUAUUCUAGAGCACGUGAAAACCAUCUUACAGCCAUACUUUUCCCAGGCCGAUCCCGAGCAAAUCAAGGCAGCCGAAGGAACCGACUCUGUGACGAAUCCUUUCACCCAUCUUACCGUUUCAGAGCCUUCCGAGGCAUUCAUCAACGCACCUGAUAUUGCCCAGCCAAGCCAAACCCGCCCAGACUACCAAUCGGAGCAGCCGCAGGAUCUCGAUGAAGCCUGCACCGUAUUCGCCCUGGUUCUUGAAGACUUCAACCGUCUCCGGACCGCCAUUGCAAAGACAUGGGUUGCCUAUAAGCCUGACGAUGCUCUAAACUUUGAAGUCUACGACUCUGUCACUCCCUUCAUGUGGCCUACUUAUCGGCUGCUUGGGGCUUUUGUCAAGCUUGUCGGCCCCACCAACAUCCUCAUCUACAAGGAGGGUUUCUACGGCACUUACGACCCAUCGAGUGACCGGCGUCAGAAGAGUGCCAGGGAAAAGCACCAGGAAGACACCGUAGUGCUAAUGGAAAUCCUGCCAGAGUUUGCGUUGCUCUGCCGGAUGCGGGGCAAUAUGCCAGUCGAGGACGAGCUGGUCCGCGGGCUCCGCACCGCCUUCGACACCAAACAAAUCAGCCUCUCCACCGUCCUGGCCGUGCAAGUGUUCCUCGACAUACACCACCGUAUGCGCGACCAAGUCUAUCGAGGCUUGAUAGACAUGGAAAAGGCCGCAAACCAGAUUUUGUCAUCCAUCGACCAGCACCAGGAGUUCCACGCCUCUCUUACGAUCGACACCUGGCCGCGCUCCAACGACGCCGUUUUCCGCCUCAUCAAGCACCGCAUCGACACCUGGGCCAAGGGCGACCCUAUCCUGCAAGCAUCGAUACGGCACAACCGCCCGCCUCCCUCCGACCGCCAUCUUCUUUCCAAGCACCCAUUACUCUGCGGCCUCAUUGCAUACGGUCUCAAGAUGGACUUCAACGAAGCUGGCAUCGCCCUGGCUAAUGCGUGGGGUGCGACAGUCUGCUGCACGCACCUCUACAACGCCGUACGGCAGACGGGCCUUCUGCAGAGCUCGUGGAAAGACAUGGAAAUCAUGCGAGCCACGCAUGAGGUCUUUCUACAGCGGUUCAUGCUCAGCAUGGGCUACUCGGCGGCGAACUUUGCGCCUCAAGGGGGCCGCAAGCAUAAGCGGCCACAGGUCUCUCGGAGCGGGCCGAGGGGACUCAAGGCGAAAGCUGGGGUCGUGGAGGCGUUCCGGGCCAGGUACUCGGGUGGUGGUGGUACGGCUGGCAAUUUUACGCACGAGGAGGUGCGGGCGCUGCUCGGCAAGCUGAAUGCGUGGGAAGAAGAUGCAGACAUGUCAGACGAGGAGACGUUCGAGACGGAGGAAGGUGAGACGCAGCAGUUUGGGCUUGUGAAAAGUGCGAAGGCGCGAGAUAAGAAUGCGGCACGGAAGCAUCAGCAGGCCAUUGGCAAACUGACUGUCGAAGAGUUACUUGAGAAGCUGAGGAAUGCGCUGCAGGGCGAGGUGCUUGAGCUGUCCUUUGACUAUGCGCUGAUGCACCGGUUCUGCUGGAGGCUUUUGAGGGCGGUGAAGGACAAGUGCGCCGAAGAGCUACGGCAGAUGUACGGGCCUUCGUACAUUGAGAACGAAAGCGAGCUGCCCUUUAUCGUGGGAUACAUCCUCCAUGCUUCGGUGGCUCGGGAACAGGCCGCGAACUAUCCGGUAUUUGAGUCAAGGCGGACCAAAAGCACAAAUUCGCAGCUGCUGGACAAAGUAGCGUAUGUUAUCGAGGAAAUGAUUGCUUCUGGCGCUGGGUCUAUUGUUGCAAUGGUCUUGGAGAGGCAGUACAACAUCUUUUUUGAGGAGUAG